UGCGCACGCAUGUUCGUUGAUGUCAGAGCGGGUGACGUGUCUGAGACUGGGAAGCAGGAAGUGAUAUUUUCUCGGAGUGCAGGCUUUUUGGUGUUCAGUACCGGGAAGGACCCAUUAUGGCGAGUUCUCAGCGCACUGGUCUGCUCGUCCUAUUGCUGACCGUUACUGCCUAUAUCCCUAUGCCCGGGGCAGCCUUCUACCUUCCUGGUCUUGCUCCUGUCAGUUUCUGCGAACCAGGAAAAGAGACGGAGGGCUGUAAGACUGAUAUAGAGCUAUUUGUGAACAGACUUGACUCGGUGGAAUCCGUGCUUCCAUAUGAAUAUACUGCGUUUGAUUUUUGUCCAUCAAAGGAAGGAAAGCGUCCAACAGAAAACCUUGGCCAGGUGUUGUUUGGUGAGCGGAUUGAACCCUCUCCAUACAAGUUCAGAUUUAAAGAAAACAAAAAAUGUGAGGAUGUUUGUGUGAAAAAAUACACUCCAGAUCAGCAGAGUAAACAGAAGUUGGAAUUUUUGAAGAAGAGCAUGCUACUUAACUACCAGCAUCACUGGAUUGUUGACAAUAUGCCUGUUACAUGGUGUUAUGAGGUAGAAGAGAAACAAAAAUUUUGCAAUCCUGGCUUUCCUAUUGGUUGCUACAUUACAGAAGAUGGUCACCCCAAAGAUGCGUGUGUAAUAAAUUCUGAAUUCCAUGAGAGAGAUACAUAUUAUAUCUUUAACCAUGUGGACAUAACUAUAUAUUACCAUGUGGUAGAAGAUGAAGCAAAGGGCUCAAGACUGGUUGCUGCUAAACUUGAACCUAGAAGCUACAGGCAUACUCAUUCUGACAAAGCAGAUUGUUCUGGUCCUCCAAUGGAAAUAAAAAAUGGCAAAGACGACCUUGAAAUCAGAUAUACUUACUCUGUUACUUUUGAGGAGGAAAAAAACAUCAGGUGGGCUUCAAGAUGGGAUUACAUCCUUGAGUCUAUGCCACAUACACACAUUCAGUGGUUUAGUAUAAUGAACUCCUUAGUGAUUGUGCUCUUCCUGUCUGGUAUGGUUGCUAUGAUCAUGCUGAGAACACUGCAUAAAGAUAUUGCAAGAUACAACCAGAUGGAUUCUGCCGAAGAUGCUCAGGAAGAGUUUGGUUGGAAACUGGUGCAUGGUGAUAUUUUCAGGCCUCCAAGAAAGGGCAUGCUGCUCUCCGUUUUCCUUGGUUCAGGCGCUCAGAUCUUGAUUAUGACAUUUGUCACUUUAUUUUUUGCAUGCCUUGGAUUUUUGUCUCCUGCAAACAGAGGAGCUUUGAUGACAUGUGCUGUAGUCCUGUGGGUGCUGCUUGGUACUCCUGCGGGUUAUGUGGCUUCCAGGUUCUACAAAUCAUUUGGUGGUGAAAAGUGGAAAACAAAUGUUCUGUUGACUGCAUUCCUGUGCCCCGGGAUUGUGUUUGCUGAUUUCUUCCUGAUGAACUUAAUUCUUUGGGGAGAAGGAUCCUCCGCAGCCAUUCCUUUUGGUACUCUUGUGGCAAUCCUGGCAUUGUGGUUUUGUAUUUCCGUCCCUCUUACUUUCGUGGGAGCCUAUUUUGGAUUUAAAAAGAACGCCAUUGAACACCCGGUCCGCACCAAUCAGAUCCCUCGUCAGAUUCCUGAACAAUCUUUUUACACAAAGCCGUUACCUGGUAUUAUAAUGGGAGGAAUUUUGCCCUUUGGCUGUAUCUUCAUACAACUCUUCUUCAUUCUUAAUAGUAUUUGGUCCCAUCAGAUGUAUUAUAUGUUUGGAUUCUUGUUCCUCGUGUUUAUCAUUCUAGUCAUCACAUGCUCAGAAGCCACGAUAUUACUUUGCUACUUUCAUCUGUGUGCUGAGGACUACCAUUGGCAAUGGCGCUCAUUCCUCACAAGUGGCUUUACAGCGGUUUACUUCCUGGUGUAUGCAGUGCAUUAUUUCUACUCCAAACUGCAAAUUACAGGGACUGCAAGCACCUUCUUAUAUUUUGGCUACACUAUGAUCAUGGUUCUCAUAUUCUUCCUUUUUACUGGCACAAUCGGAUUCUUUGCCUGCUUUUGGUUUGUGACCAAGAUCUACAGUGUUGUGAAAGUGGACUGAAUAGCACAACAGUGCAAGAAGAACUUUAACUUCAGAAUCUCUAAGGCAGUGAAGACUCCUUUCCUUUACAGUAUUGUCAUCUAUUUGUGGCAUAAAAACAACCUCUCCAACAGAAGCAUUUUUGUUUUCAAAUGUAACUCACUUUUAUUUUGUUCUUUUGCAUUGUGAUGUUGCUGUUUGAAAAAGAGAAAACUACUUCAAGAUGUAUGCUUUUUGUAAAUAUAAUAACUAUGCUGUAAUUGAGAUUGACACUUCUAAUAGAAGAAAGGUGUAUGUAAUGCACAAAUAUCCAUUCUAUUAAUAAAAUAUCUGUAAAUACAAUGUUUGCUUUUAGACUUCUAGGUGGGAUGGAUUAUUCUUGAAACAGGUUGCUGCAGAAUUUGUGAAACUUUCCUCUAAUGUCCUUAUUUCUGGUUGAAUAUUAUUUUUUUAUACUGGGUAAAAUGUCCUUACUUUUGGUUUCUUUUACUGUUCAUAUUCCAAUUUAGUGAUUUGAAGCCUUUAAAACUAUGUGCCUCCAAGUCUUUGGAUUUUUAAAUUUAUAAUCUUAAUAAACACUGUAAAAAU